AUGGCAGAUAGAUUGAGAUCACAGGCAAAGCUUGAGCAGCUUCAAGCGCGUUUUGUUGGAGUGGGAUACGACGAGACCACGAAGUAUGAAUGGCUUUCAAAUCAACAUAGAGAUACGCUCUCUUCAAUGGUUGGUCAUCCGACGAAUUUAGCUUAUUUAUCCACAGCCAUGGGAGAAAGCCGUCUUGAGACUCGGACAAAACUUUUAGAGAAAAUGGUAUUGCCUUGCGGUCCUCCACCACCUGCAGAUGAAUAA